GUUGAGGGCAGAAGGGAUGUCAGUCCUCCUGGUGCUGGGGCUCCUGGAGGCUGGGCUCUGCCCCACUGCCCACGGCCUCCCAGGGGACACGCCGGACCAGAAGGUGACCCCGGGCAACGAGACACCGGUGGACAACCUCCGACUGGCCUCCAGCAGCGCCGACUUUGCCUUCAGCCUCUACAGGCAGUUGGCUUGGAAGAACCCCAAUAAGAAUGUGCUCUUCUCCCCGACGAGGGUCUCCACCGCGUUAGCCUUCCUGUCCCUGGGGGCCCGCGGCCGCACCCUGAUGGAAAUCCACAAGGGCCUCAAGGUCAACCUCACGGAGACCUCGGGGACAGGAAUCCACCAGGGCUUCCAGCGCCUCCUGCGCGCCCUGGGCCAGCCCCGCGGCCAGCUGGGGCUGAGCGUGGGCAACGCCAUGUUCGUCAUCGAGCAGCUGAAGGUGCUGGUCGAGUUCAGGGCCGAGGCCGAGGCGCUGUACGCCUCCGAGGCGCUCUCCACCGACUUCCGGGACCCCCCUGCGUUGGCCCAGCGGCUCACCAACCACUACGUGAGGGAGAAGACCCAGGGGAAACUGCUGGACCUGGUCGGCGACCUGGACGCAGGGACGGCCAUGGUCCUGGUCAACUACAUCUUCUUCAAAGCCAAGUGGAAGAUGCCCUUUGACCCCAAGAACACCUUCCAGUCCAAGUUCUACGUAGGCCAGGGGAGGUGGGUGACGGUGCCCAUGAUGAGCUCCGAGUACCUGAAGACGCCCUGCUUCCGCGACGAGGCGCUCGCCUGCUGGGUGGUGGAGCUCGGGUACGCGGGCGCCGCCAGCGCGCUCUUCGUCCUCCCGGACAAGGGCAAGAUGAAGGCGGUGGAGGCCGCGCUGCAGCCCGAGACCCUGCGCAGGUGGAGAGACUGACUGCGGACGAGGCCGGUGGAGCUCCGCCUGCCGAAGUUCUCCCUCUCCAGCCUCUGUCACCUGGAAGGCGUCCUUCCCCGGCUGGGCCUGAGGAGGGUCUUCAGCAAGAAGGCCGACCUGUCGGGGAUCACAGGCGACGAGAACCUGGCGGUCUCACAGGUGGUGCACAAGAGCCUGAUGGACGUGGCCGAGACGGCCGAAGCCGCCGCCGCCAUGGGAGUCAGAAAGAUGCGUAAGUCCGAGAGAAUCAAUCCCACGGCUUCUCUCGUGAAGUUCAACAGGCCCUUCCUGUUCGCCAUCCUCUCCGAGGGCACCCAGAGCAUCCUCUUCUGCGGCAAAGUGGCCAACCCCAGGGCAGCCUAGGGCUCCCUCCCCCUCGUGCCCCAGCCGUGGAGGGCGCCUGUCUCCGGGGCAGCCUGGCCCCAUGCACCGUGGGCUGCUGGGCCUCGCCCUGCCUGCCCCUCCUGGGGAAGCGCCCAUGACUGCUGGUGGCUCCCACGCGUGCCUCUGAGGCUCCGUGACCUCCGACAGCAGUAAACCAGGGGCCUCGGCUCGGCGUGUCCCUGUGCCUUUCCCGGAUCUGCCCGACCCCACGCGCUGUGGCCGUCCUCAGUGAGAGUCCUUUCCCUCGGAUUUUCCCUGGUGAAAUGGGGUGACAGGUCUUGGCUACUGCGCAGUGCCCAGCAGAACAGGUAAGAGGUGCUAGGCAGUAACCAUGGCUACGGGCGACUGUGAUGAAGAUACACUAAGAUAGCGGUCGCCAACCGGGGCUCCGCGGACCCCUGGUGCUCCGUGAGGUCCGAGAGGUUGGCAACCGCUGCUCUGAGAGACAGAAGAACCCGGGGACCCCAGGCUGCCAAGUAGGCUCCGCCCCCUGCCAGGCCCUGGGCUCUGCCUUCACCCCCAGCAGCCCGGCCCGGACAAGCCAGCCUGGACCUCAGGCCCAGGACCAGGAGGGACCUGCUGCCCGGUGUUGCCUCCCGAAGGCUCGCUGGUCCCAGUCCCGGUGUCACUCUCCCUCCCCAAGGUCUGCCCACAUGGCCACCCUGUGGGGGCUCCAGACCUGACCUCACCUGGCACAGCCGGACCCCUGGCUCCUGCAGCUGAGCCAGGCCCUCCUUGUCCUAGAAUCUCCGGCCCAGCCCCCCACACCAGGGACAUGCAGCACCCCAACCCGGGGAGAGUGGCCACGUUUCAGAAGUGAGGUCCUGAGCCCUGCCCCUGCCAGAGGGCCCCCCGGCAACCAGAAUGAAGGUCGGGGGUCAGCGGAGCGUGAGCACCCACAGCAGUAAAAGCCAUCACCCGUCACGGCGCGGGGAGGGCUGAAACUCUGGGCCCCAGGGGUCACCAGGCAUCGUGACAAGGUCACCAACAUCGAGCACGGGCUUGAGAUCCAGCUGCCAGGCCUCACCCAGCCCCUGUGGGGGCCUGUGAAGUAGAUGCUGCUCUUGCUCCCAUUGUAUGGAUGAGGAGACUGAGGAGCAGCAGCUCAGAGAGCUCCCCCAGGCCACACAGCGGGUGAUGAUGGCGGGCAGGAUGCUCUCCCAACUUGCUUGGCGUCACACACACACUCUAAACCACAAAGCGAUUCUGCCCUGAACGAUUUCCACAGUGACGGCUCUCCCCGGACUCGGACUGUGAUGGGCAAGACAGGUGGUGAGACGAGGCUCUGGAAGCUGAGACUCGAGAGCACCCAACUCCACUGGGGAAGCCAGGGAGGGCUCCCUGGAGGAGGUGGCUUCUGCCCUGCGAUCAGAGGGAGAGUAGAGGAUGGGUAAGUGAACAGCGAGGAGAAUGUUCCAGGCAAGAGAAAGAGUGAUGGGAGGAUUUUCAAGAAACCAAAAGAAUUGGGCAGGCCUGGAGCAGGGCCGGAUGGAGGCCUGAGGGGCGGCAGGGGCCACCGUGGAGCCGCUGGGCGCUCGGGGCCGGGCAGCUCAGUGAGGAUGCUGCCAUGGCUACUUAGAGCCGCAGGCAGCUUUAACGAGUUCAGACAGAGAGUGGGAGUGAGCAGACUUGCGUCUGAGAAAGAGGCUGCGGCUGCUGCGUGGAAGGGUCCGGGGCCCGGACGGGGCUGUGGGCUGCACUGAGGCAGAGAUGGGCCGCUGACGAGGGAGAGGGGACGCUCGAAGGCUGUGGGGAGCCGGUGUGAGGCGUGAGGGGAGGAAGGAGGAAAACACAUGUGGGUGUGGCUCCUGGCGACGACGGCUUCCCCGAGACGGACCCGGGGAGCAGCGUGCGGAGGGAAGUGACAUGUCAGGUCUGGACACAGCCGCGCCCUCAGUUCCUGGGAGACAGACAGGACGUUGUCAGGAGUCAGGAGGGAGGUCGAGGCUGGAGGGAGCAGCAGGACGCCCCGGGGUGGGCAAGUAGCCAUCGGGGCCCCACCCCGAGUCCCAGGUGUGCAGAGAAGGGCGUGCUCCUCCGAGGGGUCGUUUACAGGCAGCUCUCCAGUGAGUGGGGGGCCGGGAGGGGCCAAGGGGAAGGUGUCCCCCCAGGACCUGCAGAAGGUAACCAAGGAGCCGGGAGGGGCCAGGGCGUGAGCGAGUGGGGCUGGGCUGCAGCGGCGGCUCCCCGCACCCCAGUGCCAGGUCCUCUCACUUCCGUGACUUGGGCAAUUCGGAGGUGCCAGGGAGAACCCCAAGUCCCUCCUUGAGGGGAAAGGUGAAAGCUCUCAACGUAAGAAGGAAACAGUCACGCUAAGACCUGAGGGAGAAGGACUCUCCCACCAUGAAAGUGAGAGGGGAGAGCAGUGCGCCGGCUCGCUGCCACGCUGCACCGUCGGCACAGGAGGGAGGGUGCGGCCGGCCACCGAGGCACGGAGGAGACCACGCUCACGCAACUUUUAGUACAGCCCAUGGGCCUCCUCGCUCUCUUCCAUCGUUAGUUAUUGAUUAAGUUAUCCGUGAACUCCAUCACCGGUGGGAUGCGCAGGAGAAAACACAGCAUGGGGUCAGUACUGUGGUUUCCGGCCUCCAGGGGGGGCCUUAGACGUGUCCCCGUGGAUAGGGGGGCGCCUGCUGUAUUAAUAAGAGCUAUGUGUACACCUGGUUUGGAUCAUCAUUUAAACAAACCAAGUGCAAAAAUAAAUUGGGGCCCGGCCGGCGUGGCUCAGUGGUUGAGCGUCCACCUAUGAACCCGGA